AGUGAUAGCGCACUGGGAUUAUGACAGUUUUCAUAGAUCAACAGGAAAGAAGCAAAACGAGGACAAGUUGUGGGAACUAACUAGCUUCUGCGGACCAGAGGAUUAAAAGAAGAGGACAGAGAACGGGCGCUAGAAUGGAUAAACUAAGCACAAUUUGAGAUCAGUUUUAACAAGUGGAUAGACUUUGUUUCCAUCUGAGUGCUGCCAGGCCUUAGACCUGCCAGACCCGAGCUGCUGGUGUACACCAACACAGAGUAAUUUUCUCAGCAUCAGCCAGUUGACCAAUGAAGUCAGCACUGUAGGGAAGAUUGGCAAUGAUCCGCUUUCAGCUUUGCCAGGAGUGUCAGAGCAAUCGCCGUUAGAGCUCAUUGUGUUUGCAGUAGCACAGAGAGUGAGAGAGAAGGCAGACAGUGUGUAGUAAUCUAAGGAUGACACCCGCACUUUAUUCCAUCAGAUAGUGCUCAGUGAGGUGUGCGGUGCAGCUCGCUGCGCUUUGUCUCUACACUACAAACACAUACACAUUAAGCACUCACAACUACACACGCACAAACACACCAGAGCCACACACUUACACAGACCAACAAGGCAUCAGGUCCUGACAAUCAGCAAAACUGUGUCUGGACCUUGAACACAGCAGGGUUUGAGAUCAGUGUGUUUGAGCGAGAGUGUAACUGGAGUGCACCCAGGCGCCGACUGCAGCCAGUGGAACACGUUAGAAAGGAAGCAUUAGGAAAGCCGAUGCUGCAUGAUUAAACUGUCCGAUAGCCUGUGAUUAUUCAGAGAAGUCUGAAAUUACCAUGUAAAAUCACUGUCCAUUUGCGCUACAGUGUGUACAUGAUAGCUCAUCUGCAAAGUUCUAGCAUCCAAGCGAAUAAUGGUAGAUUCUUGAUUCUUGUGAGGAUCACGUGCAAGUCUCCGGGGUAAUAUAGCAUACCAAAAUAUGUAGCAUCUGAAUGUAAAGUAUCUUACAACAGUUUUGUUCAGUGCUUUGCAAGUUCGUUCUUCUACACAGGGCAAGCACUUUCACUCUGUCUUUUCAGCGCUGCACUCGAGCUCAAUGGAUUUUAUUUAACCUUGGCUAUCUGUAGAUGAGUUGCAGUAAGAUAGUGUCUCAGUCUCUCAAGAGGUCUGGAUGGUUCGGUAUUAGCUCUAAGGAACAUUGACUUCUCUGCCUACUGAUUUGUUGGGUGAGAAGUGCUGAAAACCUUGUCUAACUCAUUAAAAUACAAUCUGUUUGAGGAUGAACGUUGUUGCCCUAGAUUCUUCUGUCCUUAAGGGCAUAGCAAUGGAGAUGGUUCUAUUUUGAAAGUUGUAAUAUUGUCAACACCAGCAGAGAAAAUCAGACUUGCUUUGGAUGUCAGUUUCUUGUGUUUUAUUUGACUGAAAUAUUGUAAUACUGAUGGUUUAUUUCCCCUAAAUAAGUGUGGUUUGACCCAAUGGAGACAGGUUGCCUAUUUGUUGUUGUGGUUAACUGUGUGGCUCAUUAUUGCUCAGACCCUGCUAUAAGCUCCAAGUGUGACACUGCAGUAUACAGUUGAAGAAUUAAUUAACCUGUACCUCAUUCAGUUAAUUGCAUAGCUGCCAUUACUGAAUACCCUUGUUAGUAUACGGUCUGUUUGGUACUGUUUGGCAUUGUUUUUCUCAGUUUAUUGAUUUUGAGAAUCUCAGGCUUUGGUCUCAGGAGACUUAAAGCGCUACAAUAAAAAAUUAUAUUUUCUUUAAAUCGAGCUGAGCCUCUGUAGGACUUUGCAGUAGCAAAUCUCCCACAUUACAUGGAAUUAAAACAAUGCAUAUUCUAAAUUCUGUCUAAGGAACACAAGGAGCUAUAGUCAACAAAUGAACUUUGUUGCUGUAAGCUUUUCUCUGUGUGCGUUGUGAUAUAGUGUCUAAAUCGCUUGCUCUAUAAUUGCUCUGAGCUCUGGCAAAACGUUUGUGUGUUGCGUGCAAACGCUGGCUAGAAGUCAGUCUUGUGUGGAUUUGUUGCUAAAGCAGUUUCUUUGCAUGUGCUUGGAUGCUAUAUAGCACAGUUUGUCCUCAUACAACAACAGUUAGCAUGUGCAUUAGUCGGCACUGUUUUUAAGAACAAAUUCAAGUGCAUAUAUGUGUGUGUGUGGACUGGUUUGUCAGUAGCAGUGCAGGCAGGGUCACAGAGGAGCCAUUGAUCAAACAGUCACAGCCACACACACACACGCGCACAUUUAUACAUACAAACGCAAGUUCUCAAUACACAAUGAGGCCUGUCCGAAGCUCUGUCCUCUGCCGCCUCCUUCCUGCUCCUUACUCUCUUGCUCUGCGCAGCCUAGUUCUGGUCCUGCUCUGCAUCGCUCCCCAUUGUCAGGCAGUGCAAGCAGAGAAUGUAACAGUCUUGGAGGGGGGUACGGCUCAGAUCUCCUGCCGCCUGCAGAACUACGAUGGAUCAAUCGUGGUCAUCCAGAAUCCCCGCCGCCAGACUCUCUUCUUCAACGGCACGCGAGCCUUGAAGGACGACCGUUUCCAGAUGGUGCUCUUCACGCAACGGCUGGUUCGCAUCACACUGACCAACGUUAGUGUGUCGGAUGAGGGCGGCUACUUCUGCCAGCUAUACACGGAUUCCACGCACCACCAGGUGGCGACACUCUCGGUCUUGGUUCCCCCAGAGACACCCACAGUGGAGGUGAAGCAGGAGGCUGUGGAGGGCGGUGAGGCGGAACUCACCUGUGUGUCACCACGCAGCAAGCCAGCCGCCACCCUGCGAUGGAUGCGUAAAGGACGGGAGAUAGCAGGUGUGGUAUCCCUGCAGGACAAUGGGAAGACAUUCAGUGUGUCCAGCACCAUCCGCAUCCCGGUAGAAAGGAAAGAUGAUGGGGCAGCACUGAGUUGUGAGGCAUUCCACCCUGCACUUAAUGGGCAGAAGAGGAUUCGGCAUUAUCGCCUGGAUGUGUAUUUUGCACCUACAGUUCGAAUUGUUCCUCCUGCUGGCAUUUUGCGAGAGGGCGACUCGCUCACCCUCACCUGCUCUGUCACUGGGAAUCCUCUGCCCAGAAACACUCAGUGGUCCAAGAUUAAUGACACCUUACCUGAGAGGGCAGAGAUUUCUGGCACUACUCUUCAGAUUUCCCGUCUUAGCCAAUCACACAACGGGACAUACCUGUGCCAGGCCCAGAAUGAUUAUGGUCGUGCUGCUGAUCAUUACACCCUGUUGGUGUAUGAUAAUGUGUCUGUCACUACCAUGGUCCCUUCCACUCCUACUCCUACCACCCCACCAAUCACCUCCCAUUCUACCACCCCAACCCUCCUACCACCCACCUUGGCCCUGGAUCCAGAAGAUCCUGGUGCAGUGGUAGAGACUCACAGUGCAGUACCCUAUGCAGUGAUAGGUGGUGUUCUGGCGCUGCUGGUUUUCACUGUCAUCUGUGUCCUCAUUGUCACCAUCUGGUGCUCUGUCCGACAGAAAGGCUCAUACCGUACGCGAGAGCCAAUUCUUGCCUGGUAUUGACCUAACAAUCAGUUAACUAAUGAAUUAAUCAGUCAAAGGUUCCUAUCUUACCCAUGAGGCCAGUGGGUUGGAUGAACAUGGUGAAGUGCAAGAGGCCUUCCUCAAUGGGAACGACGCCAGCCAGGGCAAGAAGGAGUACCUACUGUAGCCCUUCUCCUUCCCUAUUCCCUUUUCUUCUGACCUCAUACCCCUUCCCCCUUCCUGUCCUUGUGUCCCACCUUAUAUACAGUAUACACACACACACACACACACACACACAAGAACACACAAACACAAAAUACAAUGCGCCAUAAGAGGCAGCCUUCUGAAAACGACUGUAUACAGAUACCGCACACAGCCAAUCCAUCCUGUUCCAGUCCACUCCAUAUACAUCCUGUAAACAGACAUAAACUAGGAGACAGACUGAGAAAAGAGAGCCUCUAGACCCACCAGCCAUUAACGACUGUGCCAUAUACUGUAAGCUGGAGAAACUGGGGAAAAUAUAGGGAGUGAGAAAGGGAGAGAGAGAGGGGCCACAGAGUGAGGUGAAUGUAGACAAAAGCGAAAUGAUGCCAUAAUUAUUUUGAUUGAGAGGGAAACGGGGAGCACAAAGAAAACCGGCACUCUGCCUGUGCAGCCGCCAAAGUGGAAAGGGAAUUAGAGGCAGAUGACUGCUAUAAUUCCCCGCCUGGAGAAUAGAAGAAUCCAUUUCACAAAGCUCAAUUUUUUAACUGACGGAGACAGUGGGAGCACUGUGUGAGAAGGGAGAGAGGACAAAGGGGAGAGAGAGAGAGUUGACCAGGAGCUUCUGAGUGCUUGAUGCUCGAAAAUGGAAUUUUUUUUUUUUAAUUGCCAAACCAUCUUGGCUACAGAGCUUAGCUCAUAUAUAAUUCCCUAACAAAACUAAACUGAGUCCCAGGAAGUAUCCAUACUUUAUGAACAAACUAACUGUCCUGUUUUGCUAUCCUUGCUGGGUGGCCUGCCAAUUUGUAGCACGAAAAAAAGCAUCUUUUCGUGUUAUUUUUUCUCUUUCACUGCAACAGUGGAGGAAAUGUGGUCCUCUUUUAAUUUGCUUUGCGUUCACCUGUUACAAUCCUCUCCCCUUACUCGUAUAUCUCUCUUUGUCUCUGUAUGUCCCUCCCUCUAUCACUUCUUCUUUGUUGGCUCCUAAUAAUGAAAGGAUUAGUAUUGGGCUGCGUUCCCGAGAAAGAAGAAAGGAAUAUGACUUGCUAAGGCAUUAAAGAAAAGUAUAAUUAUUUUAGAAUGUCAUUAAGAGGAUAAAAAGGUUUCAAAGUCUUAAUAAGAGGGCCAAGAAGAGUCAGAGUGAAAGGACUGAACGAGAGAGUAAAAUGGAAGGCUUUUUUUCCUGAAUGCUCAAACACAUAUGCAGAUACAUGCACACAUUCAUACGUACAGUAAAACAUGUUGACAGUAUACAUAUCUCUGAAUUCCUUGUUUGUAUAAAAAAGAACUUCGACUUAAAUUAAAUUAAACUUUUAAGAAAUAAGAAAACAGUUUACUACUGAAACGCAUUAUGAGCAACUAUACUAACACAGAAUACUAGCCUAUAGAGGUGCAAAGCCGAACAAACUACUGUCCAGUGAUCUUUAAAGAAAAUGAAGAAAAGAAUAAAAAAAAAAAACAUUUGUCUUUAUGAGAAACCAGAGGUCUUAUUGAUUUUCUAUUAAUUAUUAUUAUUAUUUGAACAAUUAUGAUUGUUGUUACUGUUGUUAUUAUUAUUGCCGUUGUUAUUAUUAUACUUGUAAAUGUUAAAGAAAUGUACACUUCCCAUGGUUUGUUUUGGUUCUACUGUAGAGAAAUUGCUGUCAUUUUUCACUCUUUUCCUCUUAUCUUUCCUCUCUUUCCCAGUCUUUCUCUCUCUUUGUCUCCUGUGCCUAGUUGUCUCUUCUCCUGUCUUUCACUCUUGUUGAUUUUACCAUCCAUGUGUCAUUGUUGAUAUAUAGCUAACUAUUUCUUUAUAGGGGAAAGAUACAAAGCACGACAAAAUAAAAAAAGAAUCCAAAAAUAA